AUGUUGAAGGCUGUGAUUCUUAUAGGUGGACCACAAAAAGGUACAAGAUUUCGUCCUCUAUCUUUAGACACUCCAAAACCUUUAUUCCCUAUAGCCGGUCUUCCAUUGAUUCAGCAUCAUAUUGCCGCCUGUGUAAAGCUUGAAGAAUGCAAAGAAAUUCUCAUAAUAGGAUCAUAUACCACAACUACUAUGGCUCAAUUUGUGAGUGACAUGCAGAAAGAAUACAAAAUUAUUAUAAGAUAUCUUCAAGAAUUCACUCCACUUGGCACUGGUGGUGGUUUGUACCACUUCAGAGAUCAAAUCCGUGCCGGCAAUCCGACGGCAUUCUUUCUAUUGAAUGGUGAUGUGUGUGCCGACUUCCCUCUCAAAGAACUGUGGACCUUCUAUGAAAAAACACCACAAGCAUUGAUAACAAUUAUGGGCACUGAAGCUACUCGACAACAAUCUGUUCACUAUGGUUGUAUGGUUCGAGAGCCAACCAGUAAUUCAGUCACACAUUAUGUAGAAAAACCAAAUAGUUAUAUAUCUACAUUGAUCAAUUGUGGUGUGUAUGUGUGUUCGUUGCAAAUUUUCCACACCAUGGCCGAAGCAUUUCAAAAGAAACAGGAGGGAUUUUAUAGUGGUAAUGGUCAAAACGGUGCACACCCAGGUUAUAUGUCGUGGGAACAAGAUGUGUUAGCGCCGUUAGCAGGAACUAAUAAAGUGUACGCUCUACAGGUGACCAACUGGUGGUCGCAGGUCAAGACGGCUGGUUCAGCGAUCUACGCUAACAGACAUUACCUUGAACUCCAUCCAUCAACACCUACAACCGCUUGUCACAUACUACCAGAUGUAUACAUACAUCCCACAGCUACAGUACAUAGCAGUGCUGUUAUAGGACCAAACGUGUCUAUUGGUGCGGGUGUCAAAAUAGAGGCGGGAGUACGAAUAAAAGAGUCCAUUGUUCUUAACAACGCGACUGUACACGAACACGCGCUUGUAAUGUAUACUGUUGUCGGUCAAGAGGCGUCAGUGGGUGAAUGGUCAAGAGUUGAAGGAACUCCAUCAGACCCUGACCCUAACAAACCGUUUGCCAAAAUGGAUAAUACACCGUUAUUUAAUAGUGAUGGGAGACUAAACCCAUCUAUAACUAUACUUGGAGCAGGUGUAGUGGUGCCGGCUGAGAUGAUUCUUCUUAAUUCAAUAGUACUACCACACAAACAUCUAACAAGGAGCUUUAAACAUGAAAUCAUAUUAUAG